UUUUUUUUAAAUCUAUCAAAAGGAACAAAAAUGAACAAUUUUUUUUUUAUCAUAAGAUUUAGAUGUUCCUCGAAAGAUUGGGUCUAUAGUGGAAGAAUUGGAGGUGUAUGGUAUCCUUGGAUUUUGUCGAUUACAAGCAGAUGAAUACAUGAUUGUAGUGACAGGCCGGACUUUGGUGGGCACAUUACUUGGCAACGCUAUUCUUCGCGGAACCACAUUCCAGAUUUUACCGAUGAGCAAUCCUUCCUGGGGAAAAUCAUAUUCCGACAACCUUCUUUUUGAACAAGAACAAAAGCUUAUACAUUUAUUGGAAUCUCAUUUACGUCUCAACUCUUUUUAUUUCUCUUAUACCUACGACUUGACCAACAGUUUACAACGUCAAUCAAAACAAAAGAUCGAUGAUCGCUUUUAUUGGAACAAACAUCUCUCUACAAAAUUCAUUAUGGCUUCCUAUUUGGAUGAUUCAAAUAAAGGGAUCAAGGCAUAUACUCUACCAGUCAUUCAAGGAUAUAUCUCUAUUACAUCAAUGAUUAUCGAUUCAAAACAACUGACAUUUGCACUUAUUAGUCGUCGCAGUCAUGAACGAGCAGGUACUCGGUAUUUUUCAAGAGGUAUUGAUGAAGAUGGUCAUGUCAGCAACUAUGUGGAAACGGAACAAAUUGUGAUAUAUGAUACAGCGACGGAUCAUUCAUCUAGCUUAAUCAACAAAACAUCAUUACCUUUAUCGACUUUAAACAAUAAGCAAAUACAUUUAUCUUUUAUACAAACUCGUGGAAGCAUACCUAUCUUUUGGGGACAAAUACCAAAUACUAGAUACGUACCUCAACUUUGGUAUGCUGCUCACUCAUCCUCCAAGAAUAUUCCUGCUGCGAAAAAACAUUUUGAUGAUCAACUUCGAAUAUAUGGACCCAACGUUUUGAUCAAUCUAACUAAUAAGACAGGAUACGAACAACCUCUAGGCGAUAUAUAUGCAAGAACCAUCCAAGAUCUCAAUAACCCAAAUAUUCGCUAUAUCCAUUACGAUUUCCAUCAAGAAUGCAAGAAUUUACAAUGGCAUCGAGUGCAAGCAUUGAUUGAUCGACUGAUACCCGAUUUGGAAAAGGCUGGUUAUUAUCGUGCUAAUACAGAGGACGAACCUUUAUCUCAAGUGGGUGUUAUUAGAACCAACUGUAUUGAUUGCCUUGAUCGGACAAAUGUAGUACAAAGUAUGUUGGCAAAAUGGAUGAUUCAGUCAUGGCAACGAGAUAUUGGUGUUGAUCUCUCCUCUUAUCCAGAUUUCCUUUCGAUGUUCAACUCUGCUUGGGCGGACAAUGCAAAUAAUCUUAGCCUUUCUUAUUCUGGAACGGGUGCUCUUAAAACAGACUUCACAAGACAAGGAAAACGGACAAUGAUAGGUGCUCUGAAUGAUUUGAACAAUUCUAUAGUGCGUUAUAUCAAAAACAAUUACUUUGAUGGAUCUCGACAAGAUGCAAUCGAUUUAUUCCUUGGAAAAUAUGCUCGUGAUGACACACCACAGCGUCGGAUUCAAUAUGAUAAUGGAUUUAUAUCUCAAUAUGCCUCCUGGAAAGUCCAAGCAGUUCCUCCAGCCAUGAUCUCAUCUUCCUUUUUAUUUUUUUGGUUACUCUUUUUCUCUGAUUCUACACCCAUCGAAUCAUCUACUCUGUAUAUAUUACUUCUUUCAUUUUGUUUUGCAGUGUUGGUAUCCACUUGGCUUUUUAUUCAACAACAUGGUGUAGAGUUCAUAGAUUGGCCUAAACUGAAUCCUUUACCUUUGGACAUUGACAAUAACAUAGAAUUACCCAGUUUUUUAUCAUCAAAUUGGUUUUUCCAUUCUUCUGAAAAUCUGGAUCAAGUUGAACAAGGCAAGAAAGUCACCUGAAUGUGAUACCAUAGAAUUUUAUGUUUUUUUUUUUUGUAUUUUGAAGAUACUUAUUUUCGGAGUUGGGUGAUGUUUAUUUUAUUUUUUUUUUUUUGUAUCUUGGACCCCUUUUUCUUUGAUUU